AUGAUAUCCAGUGACAUUCCAAGAAGGCCAUGGCAAACUAUUGGAGUAGACCUGUUCAAAGAGAACCAACAAUGGUACUUGAUAAUGGUCUGCUACCACUCCAAAUUCCCAUUUGUGAGGAAAGUGAAAGACUUGAGAGCCAGAACAAUAACUACAGUGGCUCGAGGACUUGUGGCAGAGCAAGGAAUACCAGAGCAGAUCAUAUGUGACAAUGGAACCCAGUUCACAUCUCAGGAAUUCAGAAAGCUAGCUGAUGAGUAUGGGUUCAACAUUGUAACCUCAUCUCCACACUACCCCAAAGGUCAUGGAUUCAUUGAAAGACAGGUGCAAGAGAACACUAGUCAAAUGCCGAGAAAGUAA